AUGAGCAGAGCCCUGUUGCGAGGGGCCGCGUGCAAUUCCUGCCGCCAUGAGGUUGUCAGGUCAUUCCUUGCCGCCUCCGGCGUUCCGAUGCCUCGAUACACCUUUGCUAUCCGACCUGCCUUCACUUCCAGAGCUUUCUCCGCAGUAGGAACGCUACGGUCUGAUCGUCCCCCUGUCUCGCAACCCCCGGAGAUCAACCCGUCACCAGUGGAAGGGAAUGCUGUGGAGUCAACACCCAGGAGCUCUGCUGCCACGCCGCAUGUUCCUUGGUAUUUACAGGAAGAAGCGCCCGUCGACGAGUCUCGUGCCGUACCUAGUGACCACAUCCCGCAAAUCCCUGAGAACUCUCCCGAAAUGCUUCCGGUGCUCCUCGAAUAUACAUAUAAAGAUCUUGGUCUGGACGAGUUGAAGCUUUUUGAUCUGCGUGGACUUGACAUUCCUGCCGCGCUGGGCGCCAAUACCAUCAUGAUCAUUGGAACGGCACGCAGUGUGAAGCAUCUGAAUGUGUCUGCUGAUCGCCUGUGCCGAUGGCUUCGGAGUAAAUACAAGCUCUCCCCAUAUGCCGACGGUUUGCUAGGUCGCAACGAGUUAAAGAUCAAGCUCCGUCGUAAGGCCAAGCGAGCGCGUGCUGCCGCCAAUGCUGGUAGAAUGGUGGACGAAAAGGAUGACGGCAUCACUACCGGUUGGAUCUGUGUGAAUGCUGGAACAGUGGAUAAGGGAGCCACCGUGACAGAGCUCAGCGAUGCUGGAUUUGAGGGAUUCGGCCAGCUUGACACAGGCACCAAUGUUGUGGUCCAAAUUUUCACCGAAGAGAAGCGAAGUGAGGUUGAUCUGGACGGCCUCUGGCAAGGAACCUUGGAUAGAGCCGAGCGAAAAAGACAGCAGGAUCUUCAAGACAGUACCGAGUCCACCCCAAUCAAAGGCCGUGCACCCAAGAUCGCUGGCUACCCUGGCGGCCAGACGAGAGGAAUCCACACCGUGCGUGACGGCCCGAGCAAAUCUGCCGACUCGAAUAUGACUGCCGUCUUUUCUACCCCGUCAGCCCUAGGGCAAGUUCCUGGAAGUGGAAUGUCCACAGAGGUGCUACUCGAGAUUCUCACUGGGCUGCCUCAUGAAAGUGCCAGGAGUGAGCUUGGAACUGGUCCCGAUGAUUACCAAUCUACUCUUUUUCUGCGACUGCUACAUGGGAGUCUACCAUCCGACAUGUCCCACAAGGACAUCGCGUCAUUGCGCUUGAAGUUGCAAUCUAUAGGAAUCUCACGCCAGCACCCGGCGUACAGCAAGCAAGGCUUAUUUACUUCUUUUACCGACUAUCUCGGCAAUACCUAUGAUUUGAAGGAUGAUCUCGCGUUUGAGGUAGUAUCAGCAUUAUUGACUCCCCAGAAGAUGGAGGGCCAGUUUGGGCAGCCUGUCUCAAUUCUGUCUGAGGCGGACAUUGAGCUGGCUUUGCAAGUUCUUGAGCGCCUCAGUCUCCGCGGUGUCCCGAUCCUUAAUCUGAAAGUAUUCAAUAUGCUAUACCAAGUCGCCGGCACCACGGCUGACCUUCCAUCGAAUCAAGACCACCCACUGGAAUGGACCGAAUCCCAGCGCCAGAUGCUGAGUCGACUGUCCAAAAUUGUGGCCGCUGCCGAUGUCCCUUUCGACGUGGAGCAGGCGCGCCAGCUUAUGGUGACCCAGUUCCAAUGUGAAGACUACGAUGGGUUUUGGCGCCUCUGGCGACAAUUUCCUCUCAAGGGAGUCAGCCGUACUCCGGAGGACUACAGGAGACUGUUCCAGCUACACGCUGAUCUGGGUGAAGAAAAACGAGCGCGCGACUGCAUCUCUGCGUGGGUGCCGAUGAUGGAGCGAGAAGCUAUUCCAGUUCUGCUCCAGGGUUCAGUCGUGACUCCCCUCAUGCACUGUCUCCUCGUCGCAGAUGCAGAUAUCCAGAACCGGGCACAGGAGGGCACCGCGAGUUAUUUCCUGGAUGUUUGGACCCAGUGUCAAGAAGCACUUGUCCAAGGUCCCGGGUAA